UGAAACACGUGGAUCUGCUUCUGCACUUUGUUAGCAUCCCACCUGUCUGCCUUGAUUGGAUUUGUGGGUGUUAUACCUGCCAAUUUCCCCCUUCCCUGGUGCCUUUUUAUUUUUUUUUCCUGGUGUGUGUUUUCUAACCUUAUUCUUUCAAGAUGAUGUGUGAAGUAAUGCCCACUAUUAAUGAGGACAACCGUCGGGGCUCCACCUACGGCUCUGACGAUGCUAACUUUGAACAACUGAUGGUCAACAUGUUAAAUGAAAGGGAACGGUUACUGGAGACUCUCCGGGAGACGCAGGAGAGCUUGUCCACAGCACAGCUGCGUUUACGGGAAUUGGGUCAUGAGAAGGAGUCUCUUCAGAGACAACUUAACAUCGCCCUUCCACAGGAGUUUGCUGCUCUCACUAAAGAGUUGAAUCUGUGCCGCGAGCAGCUUCUUGAGAGAGAGGAAGAGAUUGCUGAGCUAAAGGCAGAAAGGAACAACACUCGGUUGCUUUUGGAACAUUUGGAGUGUUUGGUUUCCCGUCAUGAACGUUCUCUAAGGAUGACUGUUGUAAAGAGACAGGCACAAUCACCAGCUGGGGUCUCCAGUGAGGUCGAGGUGUUAAAGGCUUUAAAGUCCCUAUUUGAGCAUCACAAAGCCCUCGAUGAAAAGGUGCGAGAACGCCUCCGUGUGGCACUUGAAAGAGUUGCAGUGUUAGAAGAGGAGCUAGAGUUGUCAAGUCAAGAGUCACUAUCCCUUCGAGAGCAACUUGCCAGGAGGAGAUCGGGGAUUGAUGACGGCAGUAAAGAUGGAGACUCACAGAACUCUACUGUCGUCAAUGGCUGUACCCACCUGGAACUGAGAGGUGGACGAGAGACGGAACUGGAGGAGUUGGUGGAAAAGCAGAGGUUAGAACUGUGUCAGCUUAAGGAGCGCUUAACCAUGAUGUGUCGCCAAAUGGCCGAACUUGAGGAGGAGCUAAACACAGCACAAAAAGAUCUUAUAAAGUCUGAGGAGUCCUGUUCCAAACUGCAGCGUGAUGUAAAAGAGGCUCUAGCACAACGGGAGGAUAUGGAGGAGCGUAUCACUACCUUAGAGAAACGCUACCUUAGUGCACAGAGGGAAGCUACAUCACUACACGAUGUCAAUGACAAGCUAGAAAAUGAGCUCGCAAGUAAAGAUUCUCUCUACAGACAGAGUGAAGAGAAGAACAGGCAGCUGCAGGAGUGGCUAGAAGACGCCAAACAGAAAUUACAGCAGACCCUGCAGAAGGCAGAGACUCUCCCAGAAAUUGAAGCUCAGCUGGCACAGCGAGUGGCGGCUCUAAGCAAGGCUGAAGAGCGGCAUGGAAAUUUUGAGGAGAGACUCCGCCAGCUCGAAGCUCAACUGGAAGAAAAAAACCAGGAACUGCAAAGGGCCCGUCAAAGGGAAAGAAUGAACGAUGAGCACAACAAGCGUCUAUCGGAAACAGUCGAUAAACUCCUGUCUGAAUCAAACGAGAGGUUGCAGUUGCAUCUUAAGGAGAGAAUGGGAGCCCUGGAAGAGAAGAACACUUUAUCAGAAGAGAUAGCUAACAUGAAAAAGCUUCAGGAUGAGCUUCUUCUGGGCAAGGAGCAGCUAAUGGCUGAAAUUGAACGCAUGCAGUUAGAGAUAGACCAGCUACGAGGGCGACCCUCAUCCACCUACUCAAGGUCUCUCCCUGGCAGUGCGCUAGAGCUGCGUUAUUCCCAGGCCCCAACUUUGCCUAUAGGCAGCCACAUGGACCACUACAGCAGCACGGCUGUAAUAAGGCGGCCCAAAAAAGGGCGCUGGACAGCUAUGAAGGAUGAUCCAACCAAGGAGUGGGAGCGGGCUCAGCAGGCCAAUGUGCUUGCCAAUGUGGCACAAGCAUUUGAAGGUGACUUGGACGGCUCUGAUGAAGAUGACAGAGAGACCAUAUUCAGCUCAGCAGACCUACUGUCUCCAAGUGGCCAGACAGAUGUGCAGACCCUCGCUAUCAUGUUACAGGAGCAGUUGGAAGCAAUAAACAAAGAAAUCAAGUUGAUACAGGAAGAGAAGGAGACCACUGAGCUGCGGGCUGAAGAGAUUGAAAGCAGGGUUACAAGUGGCACUCUUGAUGGAUCUCUGGGACGUUACCGCUCUGCUAGUUCCAUUCCAACAUCUGUCACCACUUCCACUUUGGCCAGCCCCUCCCCACCCAGUAGUGGACACUCUACCCCACGUAUAACCCCCCAUAGCCCAGCUCGAGAGGGCGAGAAAUUUAAUCAUGUUCCUAAAGAAGAAAGCAGAGAUGAGAAGACCUUGAUGCAGUGUGAGACCACACCUCCUUUGACACCCCGGGCUGUACGAUUAGAAAGGAUGACGCAGGCUCUUGCUCUUCAGACCAACUCUUUAGAAGAUGGAAGAGAAUCCCGGGCAAGCCAGGACUCCCUUCACAAAGCUGCCAAAAAAAAGAGCAUAAAAUCCUCCAUUGGGCGCUUGUUCGGCAAGAAAGAGAAGGGACGCAUGGGACAAAUGGGACGAGACUCUUCUUCUCUAGCUGGAACUCCCUCGGAUGAGACGUCACCGGCUGAUCCCAUGGGCCUGUCUAAAUUAGCCGGGCCUGUAGACAAAGACCGCAGAAACAAGAAAAAGCAUGAACUCUUGGAGGAAGCCUGUCGACAAGGCCUUCCAUUUGCUGCCUGGGAUGGACCCACUGUUGUUUCUUGGCUGGAGCUCUGGGUUGGUAUGCCAGCCUGGUAUGUUGCUGCCUGCCGUGCCAAUGUGAAAAGUGGCUCUAUUAUGGCCAACUUGUCUGAUACAGAAAUCCAGCGUGAGAUUGGUAUCAGCAACCCUCUCCACCGACUAAAACUGCGCCUCGCCAUCCAGGAAAUGGUUUCACUUACGAGUCCAUCUGCUCCAGCCACAUCGCGUACGUCAACAGGAAAUGUCUGGAUGACUCAUGAAGAGAUGGAAACAUUAACAGCAACAACCAAGCCUGAGACUAAGGAAAUCAGCUGGGAACAGAUCCUGGCAUACGGUGACAUGAACCAUGAAUGGGUGGGUAAUGACUGGCUACCUAGUCUGGGAUUACCCCAGUAUCGCAGCUACUUUAUGGAGUCCUUAGUAGAUGCCAGAAUGUUAGACCACUUGAACAAAAAAGAGCUUCGAGGACAACUCAAAAUGGUAGAUAGUUUUCACAGGGUUAGCCUUCAUUAUGGUAUCAUGUGCCUGAAAAGACUGAACUAUGACAGGAAGGAGCUGGAGAGGAGGCGAGAGGAGAGCCAAAAUCAAAUUAAAGAUGUCAUGGUUUGGUCUAAUGAACGGGUUAUGUGCUGGGUUCAGUCUAUAGGACUAAAGGAAUAUGCCAAUAACUUGCACGAGAGUGGAGUACAUGGAUCCCUUAUUGCGUUAGAUGAUACUUUUGACUUUAAUGAUCUAGCGUUGCUGCUACAGAUUCCAACUCAGAACACACAGGCUCGACAAGUGUUGGAAAAGGAAUUCGGUAGUCUCAUUUCGAUGGGAACAGAGCGGCGAUUGGAUGAGGAUAGUGCUAAGACAUUCAGCCGCUCUCCUUCUUGGAGGAAGAUGUUCCGUGAGAAGGACCUUAGAGGAGUAAGUCCAGACUCUGCUGAAAUGUUACCGGCGAACUUCCGGACUGCCGCUGUCUCCUCUAUUACCUCACCUGCUGUGCAGCUACGCAAGAUGCAGUCUGAAGGAAGUCCCUCCAGCAGUCAGCGAGCAGACAAUGUCUCAGUCAGAACCUAUUCCUGUUAAUACCGUGAUAAUGCG